GGGCGAAGAGAACUGGAGAGCGGUGGCGAGCUCCUGCUCCCCAGAGGCCCCGCACCCGGCGGGCCCGGGGUCUCUCCUGCCGCCGAGCACCCCGCCCAGGCGCUGCGGGGAGGCUCACCCAGAGGCGCAGCGCCCAACGCCCCAUCCCCUCCCGGCUCAGGGCGCGCUACCGCUCCGCUGGCUCCAGUCCAGCGGCCGGGCGCCUCCCAGGCCGCGCCGCGGGGCACGGGGUGGCCCAGGCCCCUCGCCGCGCACAGGCCGACGCGGCACGUUCCCUAGUUCCGCCCCGCUCGCCUCGCUGUGAUGUGACACCCCGUCGGGCGCGGCCGGUACCGAGCACAGCCCCGACCUCUGACCGCUGUGGCGCAUGCGUCCUCCCGCUUUCGGCUUGUGGCCCCACGUGACGGGGGGGAGGGGGACGUCGCUGCGUGUCUCUCUCUUCGGGUCCCCGCCGGCGGCGCAGAGGGGAGGGGGGGCGCGGAUCCAUCAUGGCGUCCAUGCAGAAGAGACUACAAAAAGAACUGUUGGCUUUGCAGAAUGACCCACCUCCAGGAAUGACUUUAAAUGAAAAGAGUGUUCAAAAUUCAAUUACACAGUGGAUCGUAGAUAUGGAAGGUGCUCCAGGUACAUUAUAUGAAGGGGAGAAAUUUCAACUUCUAUUUAAGUUCAGUAGUCGAUAUCCCUUUGAUUCUCCUCAGGUCAUGUUUACUGGUGACAAUAUUCCUGUUCAUCCUCAUGUUUAUAGCAAUGGUCAUAUCUGUUUAUCCAUUCUAACAGAAGACUGGUCCCCAGCUCUCUCAGUGCAAUCAGUUUGUCUUAGCAUUAUUAGCAUGCUUUCCAGCUGCAAAGAAAAGGUUUUUUUUCUAUUGCAGAGGCGACCUCCAGAUAAUUCAUUUUAUGUAAGAACAUGUAACAAAAAUCCAAAGAAAACAAAAUGGUGGUAUCAUGAUGACACCUGUUGAUGUCACCACUUUGUGAUCCUCCAAGCAGAAGAUUGUCCUACUGAGAAAAUGAGCACUUUGAUCAUUCAGUCUUUGAACUUUAACCUUUGACUGGAAGUGACCUAUAGACAAUGAAGACUACUUCCUUUGACUGCAUUCUUACUAGUGUGCAUUCUGGGCGCAUGUUGAUCGCUGGUUCAGUCCAUGCAACUUGACAUGCUUUUAUUAGUCAUACAGUAUUAAUGCAGGUGUCUGGAAAUGUCAGAAAAAUUCCAUUUAUUUUUAUUUUUAAGCUUUUGGCAGAAAUCCAGGUCUUCAUGUAUUGUGCAAUAACAGUUGAACUCCUUGGCAGUUUUAUGGCAUCCAUUGCCGGCAAUGGAUGUUAUACCAAGAAAAGUUUUGAUCCUGCUGCAAAAUAAAUUGAUUGGAUGGUAGGGCUUAUGGAAAGUUUCAGAUAUUUUGGGAUUAUAAGCAAGGGAUCCAACAUUACUUUGAAACCAUCCCAUUCUUUUAUAUUUGGAUUCUGUGCCAUGUGAUCGCAAAACUAGCAGCAUAAUUAACAUGCUUCGCUAAAGGACUGUAAUAAGAUCAUAUUUAUUAAAUUGUUUAUCUGCUGUCAAAUUGUUUUGACAUGGAAGGUUUUCAAGUGACAUUGGGAGAGAGGUACAAUGUUAUCCCUAUGGUGAAAUAAAAAUACCUUUUUUGUAUGGUAGUUACUCAUAUCUCUAAAGCAAAGAUAUGAGUAAUAAUUGGGUAUGAGUGGCUUAAUCAAGACUUACUUUUGGAGAUACAAGAAAAUGGCAGUGAUAUAAUUAAAUUUGCUGCAGUCCACAAUUGGGCCUGUAAUUUGUACAUUAGAACUUUUUUCCAUGUAGAUUGCACACUGUUACUUCCUGCUAGCCAUCAGCAUGAGCCCUACCGCCUACACAAUAUUUCAUUUAUUUAUGUGUUUGAAAACAAUCCAUAUAACAUUUUUGUUUGUUGCUGUUUUUGUUGUUGUAUGUCAUGUUUGAAUGUUACAAAACAAUAUUUUGAUUGAAAAGCUUUGUCAGAAUAUAUUUUCUUGUAAAUUAUUUCUUUACCUUGUAAGCAUCAUCUUGUCUUUAAUCCUGUACUAUAAAGAAAGAAAUACAUUUUUGACAGAGGCUUAAUGUUUUGACACAAAAGUGUGGACCUUUUUAUUUAAGUUUAGACAAAAGUAUAUUUUCUUAACUUGCUUGUCCCACAGGCAUAACAAUUUUUUUCCAGCUUUUUCUUCACAAAACUUUAAUUACAGCUAGAUUAACUUUUUUCUACAGAGAAAUAAUUGUUGAAAAAUAGGUAAUUGUUCUCACCACUGUGUAAUUUUAUGAUACUACAACUAGGAUGUCUUUUUAGAAAACACUGAUGUCUUUUAUAAACUUACUACCUUUACAUAUAUGCAACAUUUCUAUAACAAUGCUGUUUUUACUGUUGCCUUAUUGUUGACUCCUUAAAAAAAAAUGUAGUCAAUAAACAAAUGUCUAAAUCAAAUAACCAUUUACUUUAUUUUUAAAAUAAGAACCAGAAACAGCUAAACUUAAAAAAACAAAAUAGAACUAAAAAAUUGGCCAAAAAUAUUCAAAUAUUUUUUUACUGCUGUAUAAUCGACAAAUUGUAUAGCCUUGUACAUACUUCUGUAUGUUAUCUAAUGUUUAAAAUAUAAAUUUUAAAAAGUGUAAAUGGUGAACUCAGGGUGGGUAGAAAUCAAAUGGAUCAGCUUUGUACAGCCAUUGAAUUAUGGAUAUUAUCAGUAAAGUAGGGCUACUCUACUAUCUUUUCUAUUAUAUUAGAAACCCUUUUUGGCCUUUAAAACUCAACAGUAAAAAGUAGUUGUGAAUAUAAAUUUGGUGUACAUAUACUUUCACAAUAAACACUUUUUUUUAAAGGGGGGAAAAUCUGUCAGUUUCUGUUAAGAGCCAAAAAUCACUUUCAGAAUUGAAACAGUUGUGCUCCUAAUUAUAACUAACCUGUAUUUAGCAUGAAUUUGCAGAUGUAAGUUAAUCAUAACGAUCCAGUUAUUAGUAUCUGCAAACUGUUACUAUGCAUGAGCAGUAACUUUUUAUGAAUAUUUAAUCUAUUUCUUAUUAACUUACUUGCUCUGUAUUACUGAUUGACUUGAUGUAUCUUGCAAAAUUCCAUGUAUUUCUCUUCCUACAGCUGGUUCACAUAAUGGAUCAUGUCAAAUAUUCACUUGCUAAUCCACAGUAAAGAAAUGGUACUGUGACACAACUUAAUGCCUCUGAAAGAAUUAUUACAGUGCAUCAUGUCAAAGAUUGAUGUAAUUGUUUUCAUACUGUGGAUUGUGAUAAUACAAUAUAAUGGUUUGAAGAAGCUUUAUAAUGCACUGCAUCUUAUCAAAGAUACAUGCUGUAGUGUUUAGCAUUAUACUUUGAUUCACCUAUCAGCACCAUUGUAUGGAUUAACAUAGAGAUGAAUAAGUAAAUAAUCAAAUAGCUGGCCUCAUUUAUGCUGCUGUUUUAAAACAAGAAAAUAUGAAAACCGUGUUAAAGUAACAUGGAUAUUCUUAUUUAAAACCAAAAAAGCAAGGUAUAUUAGAAGAGAAAGCAUAACAAGUUAACUGUCGUGGAUUCUGAGUGCUGUUGCUGUUUGAUAAAUAAAAUUCACCCUGUAGAGAGGACCAGCACAAAGCCUGUGCACCACUUAUGUUCUGAAAAUAGUGAAAUUACUCUGAUAGUGCUGUGCUGUCUCAAAAUAGAGUUUACAUUAGGUGUAAGUGGUGUUGGCCCUCCCCAUGGGUGAAUUUUGCCCUGUGUGUUGAACUCUUGUCUGUCAGUGGGAGUUCCUCAUAUGAAGUGGCAACAGAAUUUGCUCCAAACUACCUUGCUUUGCUUUUAUAUCAAUAUUCAGAUUGUUUAUACAUUUGUUUUCUGUUUGGUGUGUUUAUACCAUAACACAAUAAAUACUUAUUUUUAAAAUAGA